GUGUGCUGUUCAGAUCUUGGAACAACAACUGCUAGCUGUUUUCUAUGAGAAUCUGAAAAAUGGCCGACUUGAAGAUUGACUUGCUUGAACCCAAAGACACACUUGUGUUUGCGCAUGAAGAUAAUGACUUCCGAAUUCCUGCUCUUCUCUAUGUUAAGGAAUGGAAGACCUUCCUGGCGUUUGCCGAAAAGCGGACGUCGACUAGAGAUGAACAUGCCAUAAGCCUAGUUAUGAGGGCCGCCACACGACAGCCUAAUGGGUCGCUACAGUGGUCAGAAAGUUGGAUGGAUUUGACAAAGGCGACUAAGGAUGGCUACCGUGCCAUGAACCCUUGUCCAGUCUUUGAGUCGACCACGGGAACACUCUAUUUGUUUUUCAUCUGUGCUGCGGGCGAAAUUAAAGAGUUCCAGCUCAGGGGAGGCCAAACGAAGCUGUGCUACAUCACUUGUGCCGAGUCGCCUCUCAGAGACGAGAGCUGGACACAACUGACCGACCUGUCUGAUAGCACUGUCGGCAAAAACCUUGAAGAGUUCCAGACUUUUGCCGUCGGACCAGGACAUGGUACCCAGAUGGAGAGUGGUAGACUGCUCAUUCCAGUCUAUGUCAAGGACUUUAAGGAUGCUGACACAUGGCUGUUCGACGUGUUUCCUCUCUGGUACUUCUGGACGAUGAAGUCGUACGCCUUGGCUCUCUACAGCGACGAUCGAGGACAGACAUGGCAGGUGGGAGAGAAGAUGCCAGUUGAGUCUGGGGAGUUUCAAAUGGCCGAGGUCACUGACCAUGAGGGGAAAGGUCAGCUGUACUGCAACGCCCGCAACACAAAAGCAAUAAGACUCACCAAAACCAUCCUCAGAGUUGAGGCGCUGAGUGCGGACGCAGGGGUCAGUUUUAGCCCGCUAACUGAGCUAGCGCUCCAGGAGAGGCCCAAGGGCUGCCAGGGCAGCGUGGUGAGCUUCCCCGCCAGGGAGCUGCCCGCAGGGGAAGGGGCGUCCGCACAGACGGCUCUGCUCUUCAGCCACCCCACCGCAGGGCAGGACUGGGACAGGCUGGAGCUGGGGGUCCACCUGCGGAGCUCUCUCCAGGACCACCACCCCUGGGGGGAACCCCACAUCAUCCACCCGGGGCGCAGCGGCUACUCAGACCUCGCUCGCUGUGAGGCGGAGGGGCGCUUCGCCUGCCUCAUGGAGUGUGCAGAGAGUGAGCACCAUUCACCCUCAUUGGGCAACCGGCGCAAGAUCACCUUUCAGGAGUUCCAACUUAGGUGAAGUGAUGUCAUCAAUCUCAACAAAACCAAAUCACAUCACGAUCUUUUCUGUUCCCACCACCUGUGCUUGCAUCUGCACUACUCAAUUAGUUUCGCUUCUCUGAUCUUCGCUUCUCUGAUCUCUGAUGUGUGUGUUGUGUUUUAUGGUAAAUAUUAAAUCUCUUGUGAUAACGCAAGUGGUGUUGUGUCCGUACCACUGGGCUGGUGUGCAGAUCCAUUUAGACUAUAGAUAUAUAUAAUAAAGGCUAGACCAGGGGUCGGCAACCCGCAGCGGAAAGUAAAAAGUAGAAAGAAAUGGCUGGU